AUGAGCCCAAACAAGCCCAAAGAAUGACUCUAGUCCAGUCAAAGAAACUCCCUUUCUUCUUCCACUUCAAUCUCUCUUAUUUCAGCUUGGUCUCAAAAACCCUAAAUCCCUAAAUCUGAAUCCGGUAAGGGGAGGCGCAAGAAUUGAACUUUACGAAUUUUCAGGAAAGCGAUAAAGCCAUGGCAUUAAAUCAAGGCAGAUCACGGAGAAGUGUCAUUAUUGCCAAGGAGGCAUUUGCUGUGGGACAACGAACAUUUGCUGCUGGGGCUGGCAAAGUCAAGAAGGGCUCUAAAGGGGCAGCCAGUGAUGCGCCAAAAGCAUCAAUGCUCAGCAAAGAAGUCAAGUCCACAACAGUAGUUGGUGCAAAUAUACUCAAGGAUGGAGCAGAUCCGAAGAUCAUGCCUGAUUCUGAGUACCCUGAUUGGCUUUGGCAUCUGCUUGAUAAACGUCCAGCAUUGAGUGAGCUAAGGAGGAAAAACAUUGAAACACUCCCAUAUGAAGAUCUUAAACGCUUUGUCAAGUUGGACAACCGAGCAAGGAUAAAAGAAAACAAUUCAGUCAAGGCCAAAAACUGAUAGUAGUAUAAAAGUAAUUUUUAUGAGGCAUUAUUUCUUUGUCAAGAACGAUGCAUUCUCUCUUCUGCGAUUCUCUCUGUUGAUUGAUUUGCAUGAUGGAAUCGAAUUGAAGGCAUAGCACAAAUAAUUAAGCAUAUCUCUGUAUCUCUAAAUAGAGCUUUGUUCGGCUUUCCUUUUUGGUUUUUCGUUUUACUUAAGAACUUAGGGUUGCUGUUUGUGAGAGGUAAUAGUCUACUACAUUCAAUGAUAAAGAAUUGUUGAAUAGCUGCUUGUUGCAGAACUCUCCCAUGGUAAUGAGUUAAAAAUCAAGAUAAUGGAGAUAAUGUACGUUAUCAAUGUACAAAAUCAAGUAAUAAGAUUAGAUAUAAUAUCAAUUUCAACCCGUAAUUGGUAGAAU